AUGGAAGAAUCGACAAAUCCAUGCUUCGAGUCUUCUUCGAAUGACUCCAACCCAAAUAGCAACUGCGGAUCCCCGCUAUCGUCACAUAGCUCAACAUAUGACGACGUCAAAGAGGUUCCCUCUCUCAGCCUCUCUCCUAUGGCUUGGAAUGGGGAAGAUCUCAAACCUAAGGAUUACGUGUUUGAGCUUAGAGACCAUGACGUUGCUGCUAUCAGCGAGGCUGUUGUACACUUCAAAAACAUCGGUGUCCCUGCUGAGAAAGUGGGCCCGGAAACUUUUCCUCUACCGGUAGAGCUGGCGCCGCGUCUGGGGAACAUCGCUUCCAGUCUUUACAAUGGAAUAGGUGUUGCAGUGCGACGGGGUAUAGACCCAAUGAUGUACAACGACUUCGAUAAGGCACUCGUUUUUGCAGGUGUAUCCUCGUACGUCUGCUCCCAACGAGGGACAGACGAUUUUGCCUCAAUCAUAUAUACUAUCGUCAACAUUCAGCUAACGGUCACACAAGGUCAUAUCCGCGAUGCCACUCACGAUCACGUACCAGAAGCUGCAAAGGGUGUUGGACUAGCUGGGUCAAAGAUACCCGUUGCUCUGUCGUUCCAUGCCGAUAGAUUUGCAGGCGAUAUACUUGCGCUCUUCGUGGUGGAUCAAGGAUCAGAGGUAGGAGGAGGCGAGCAAUUUCUGUCAAGCUUCUGGAGAAUUUAUCAAGAGCUACUAGUGACAGCUCCUGAUGUAAUCAAAACAUUGGAGGCCGAGGCAAGGCCGUGGGAGAUCGCAGAUCCAAUAACCCAUGAAGCUGGUGUCAGCUUUGCUCCUGCAUUGUUUUACGCCGCAGAGAAACCCAUGAUGCAGCUUGUACAUGCUGUGCUCACUGGUGGGCCUCAGCUGCCCCGUCCUGAUCACUUGCCCUCCCUUUCCGCAGCUCAGCACCAUGCUCUUCGAGUGCUGGAGAAGACUGCUCAGAAAUUCUCUCAUAAACUAGACCGUCAGGAUGGAGACAUCCAAUUUGUCAACAAUCUCAGCAUUAUGCACGCUCGAGCUGCAUACGAAGGGGACGAAUUGUCUAGCCGACAUCUGCUCCGAAUGUUUUUGCGAGACCCGAAGAAUGCGUGGCAUUGCAGCGGAAAGCACAGGGAAGCUUUCGAUAAGGUUUUCUCUCCGGACAGGCAGCAGGAAUUUGUGGUGAAGGACCUCGACCCAUGGUUCAAGAUCCAGGGUAAGAAUGGACACGGUUGAGUAAUUUGCCUCAGGAUGACAUGGGUUCAUGAGGAUACAACUACUAGCAAGAAGCUAUGUAUUCAGUCUCUUUUUGGGACAAUGGAAAAGUUGAUUGGACAGCCAUACUAGUCAGAUCUCUAACCGAUCUUGGAUCGCAGUUCGUGGGAAAUGGUGAACUUCGAGUGUAGUCCUAUCAAGC